AAACACUAUAAAAGAGUCUAAUCAGUUUCACUUAAGGAGACUGCAUCCUCCGCCAUACACCCUCAGAGCUUGUCGUCACUUGUAUUCAUCAGAAUACCACAGUAAGUCAUCUGGAGGUGGUAAAUGAGGAUCUUGCCCAGAUUGGAACCUAUCACAGGUCAACAUGCUUUCUGGGAACCAACAUUACAUUGUGGCUCGACCAGCCUAUUCUGAAGUCAGCUUUAAAGAGCAUAAUCAGCAAGUGGAGAGGUAUCACAAGACAAUCUGGGACCAUGUCAGGAUUUAUUUCAGGUGUUCGACUGCAAAGGCAAAGAGGAUCUUUUACACGUUCCUUCCCAUUGCAUCUUGGCUGCCAGGAUAUAAUGUGAAAGAAUGGCUUCCCAGUGAUCUUGUGUCUGGUGUUAGCACUGGACUUGUGAGUGUCUUGCAAGGGCUGGCUUUUGCUCUGCUGGUGAAUGUCCCUGCUGGCUAUGGUCUAUAUUCAGCAUUCUUCCCUGUCUUGACGUACUGUGUUCUGGGAACAUCAAAACAUUUAUCAGUUGGUCCCUUUCCAGUGUUGAGUUUGAUGGUGGGCACAGUGGUGAACAGACUGGUGACUGAUGGUAAUACAGCAGUGAACAGUACUCUAUUCCCUGCUGAUAUGAGUAUAGAAGACAGACAGGUUUGGGUUGCUUCAUCUGUCACUCUACUUGCUGGGAUUUUUCAGUUGGCUCUUGGAUUACUGCAAGUUGGUUUCAUUGUCAUUUACCUGUCGGAUCCAAUGAUCUCAGGCUUCACCACAGCUGCUGCCAUUCAUGUCCUUAUUUCUCAGCUCAAAUUUGUCCUGCAGUUGAAUGUUCCGGGGUUUAAUGGGCCACUUUCUGUGAUUUACACACUGGAAUAUAUUUUCAAUCAUAUCACUGAAACAAACGUCCCAGAUGUCAUCAUUUCACUUAUCAUCAUGGUUGUUGUAUUUAUUGUGAAAGAAAUAAAUGAUCGAUUCAAGUCAAAACUGCCUGUACCUAUUCCCAUUGAAGUUAUAAUGACAAUUAUCGCAACUGGGGUCUCGUAUGCUUUCAACUUCAAUGAAAAAUACGAUGUUGACAUUAUUGGAAACUUAACAAGUGGCUAUCAGAGUCCUCUUACUCCCAAUAUGGGUGUCUUACAACAGAGUGUUGGUGAUGCUUUCUCGAUUGCGAUUGUUGGUUUUGCUGUUGCAUUUUCUGUGGCCAAGGUCUAUGCCAUCAAACACGAUUAUGUUCUUGAUGGGAAUCAGGAAUUAGUGGCUUUUGGAGUCAGUAAUAUGUUUUGUGGAGCAUUUCGUGGUUUUGCAGGAAGCACAGCUCUGUCUCGAACUGCUGUUCAAGAAAGCACAGGAGGUAAAACACAGCUUGCUAGUCUGAUAUCUGCUGUGAUGGUGAUGAUUGUAACUCUGGCCAUUGGGUUUCUGCUUGCACCACUACCCAAGUCGGUUUUAGGAGCUCUUGUCAUCAUAAAUUUGAAAGGAAUGUUAAUGCAAUUCAGAGAAAUUGGGAUUCUGUGGAAGAAAGACAAGUUUGACUGUCUGGUUUGGAUAAUGGCUUUCAUUGCUGCUGUUCUUCUUGGGCUUGACAUUGGUCUUGGGGCUGGUGUAGGAUUCGAACUGCUGACUGUUGUGUUCAGAACACAGUUUCCACAAUGUUCUGUAUUGGCAAAUAUUAGUGGAACGGAUAUCUACAAGAACAGGAAAGACUACCUCAAUAUUUAUGAGCCUGAAGGAGUAAAGAUCUUUCGAUGCCCUUCACCAAUUUUCUUUGCAAAUGUCGACUUCCUUAGGAGCAAACUCAUUGAGGCUAUUGGGUUUAAUCCACUCCGAAUUCUCCGGAAAAGGAAUAAAGCUCUGAAGAAGAUCAAAAAAAUGUUGCGGAAAGGAGAGUUAGUCAUCACUUCAAAAGGCUAUGUUCAAACUGCAGAUAGAAGUCAGGAGAGUGACUCGGAAAAUGAAGAUAAUAACACGAUUGAAGAACUGGAUAAAGCGACAGAUAUGAAGGAGUUGCCGAUGCGGAUUGAUUGGAAACUACCUCUUCCAGCUGGUCUUUGUGUUCCCACUGUGGAAAUACAUAGCAUUGUCCUUGACUUUGCUGCAGUAUCUUUCCUGGAUGUGUCUGCUAUGAAAGGCUUGAAAUCGAUCUUGAAAGAAUUUUUCCGGAUUGAAAUUGAUGUUUAUAUCGCUGCUUGUGGUGAUUUAAUCCUGGCGAAAUUAAAAAGUUGUGAAUUUUUUGACGAUGAAAUCAGUCCAAAACUAUUCUUCCUUACUAUCCACGAUGCAAUGCUCUGCAUAUUGGACAAGCAUGAUCCCAGUAAUUCUGUCAACAUCAUAUGUGACAAGGUACAUAACAUCAAGGAAACAAAUUCUGAAGGAGAUUUAAAAAAGAGGAACUUUGGGGUGCAAUCAGAUACAAAGUUCUGAGUGUCUGUAAAACAAGCAGAAAACUGAUGCAACAAAUAUUUGGAUCAGAGAAUUGCAAAAUAACAAGUUCCAGAAAGGACUAUAAUUUGAGAUUGAUUUAUGUGCAGAAUUUAUUUUGCAUAGACUGUCACAAUCCAUCUUGAAAUUUUGGCUAAUGAAUGUAUAUUUGUAAUUUUUAAGGCAAAGAUGUGACAUAAUGUUGUACAUGACAAAUCAAUGCUGAUUUAACAAGUGAGGCAGUAUCCUAUCAUCAGUGUGGGUCUGAGGUCUGUUUAUGAAGAAAUUUGUAGCAGUUCUAACAAAUCGGACAUAAAUUUGCUGAUCACACACAUCCCACCCUCUAAAAUUGAUAAUAGCUGUAAAGUUGUAUCACAUUAUUCACUCUUUCAGAGAAAUAGCAGCAGGACCUGCUAUUCAGCACCUUGAACCUGUUUUACCAUUUGAUAAAACCAUGAUUGAUCUGAUUGUUGUCACUUCUUUUUUGUCUGCCUAUAAAUCCUCAACUCCCUUGUCAAUGAGGAAUCUGUCUAACUCAACCUUAAAAAUAUUCAAUAACCUUGGUUAAAGUACUCUUUGGGGAAGAGAGCUCUGACAGAAAAAAAACCCUCACCUGUCUGAACUAGAAAACUCCUUAUUUUUGAUCUGUGUCUCCUAGUUCUAACCUCUGUUGAAAAGGGAUUCAUCCUUUGGUAUCCACCCUGUCAAGUCCCCUCAGGGGCUUUCAAUUAUCGAAAAGACGUUUCAAGAAGAUCACCUCUCAUUGAAAACAUGUCCAAAAUAUGCAAACUUUCCUCAUAGGACAUUACCCUCAUUCCAGGAAUCAGCUCAGAAAUCUUUCUCCAAACUGCUUCCAAUGCAAUUAUGCCCUUUUUUAAAUAAGGAGAAGAAAGCUGUACAUGGUACUCUGGAUGUGGUCUCACCAAAACGCUGCACAACUCCAGUAAAAUUCUCUACUUUUAUAUUCCAUUCUCUUUGUAAUAAAUAAGGACAUCCCAUUU